AUUAAGUUCCACAGAUCCUCUUAGCAGUCUCUUGUUUUAUCCUCUUUUCCUGUCAAUAUUUUUCCAACGCCCAAGGGUCCAUCAUUACUGAGCAGAUCUAGAGCCAACAUUCCUUCGUACACAGCUGCAAGCCACAGCGUCCCCGCGACAAAGGAUCGCAUCAUACCCUCCUUUCAUUCGACCCUUACUCAGCCACGCCAGCUUAACCCACGGUUACCAGAAAGCACCAGACAAGCUGUCUUCGUAUUGGCGGUGCUGCGAUCAAUCGCUUUGUUGUACACAAUGUCUUGAAGACCGCGAGUCAGGCCACCCUCAUCCAAAUUCACAACCAUCUCUCCGGAGAUCUCGAACCGCAAGCAAUUUUCGACAUGGCGAACAUCGACAUAACUCCCAGGUAUAACCUGGAGAGGCGCUACUUGCCCUUCCCGGACAGCCUGGAUCCGCUCCCGCCCGUCUACCGCAAAGGUCUCGUUCCGGUCACCAUGUUCGCCAUGAUGUCUUUGCUCAGUGUCACAGCGCUGCUCGUCUUCAUCACACAUCGCUUAAUCAGCUGGCGGAAUCACUAUCGCUAUAACGUUGGACACAAUCAAUUCGUAAUCCUCAUCUACAACCUUCUGUUGGCAGACCUCCAACAAGCGAUUGCAUUUGUUAUGUCGUUCCACUGGCUUCGCAUCAACAAGAUAUUGGCUCCAACAAUACCUUGCUUCAUCCAAGCCUGGUUUUUACAAAUCGGCGAUGUCUCAAGCGGGUUCUUUGUACUUGCUAUCGCUAUUCACACAUGGUUGGGUGUGGUCAAAGGCUACAAGGUGCCAUACAAGUGGUUCAUCGCUUCGAUCCUGGGUCUGUGGGCGUUCGCCUUACUUCUGACUGUCUUAGGUCCUGCCAUGUACAGAGACCGCUACUUUGGACGAGCUGGAGGAUGGUGCUGGGUUUCUGUCAACCAUACGCCCGAACGUCUUUGGCUCCAUUAUCUAUGGAUCUUCAUCGUCGAAUUCGGCACAAUUGCGAUCUACGGACACGUUUUCAUCCACCUACGUGGUCGCAUCCGAGGCAUCCAAAGUAACGACACUACCAAGCUGACCCGCGCAACAAAGUUCAUGGUCAUGUACCCAGCCGUCUACGUAAUCCUCACACUCCCCAUCGCAGUAGGCCGCAUGGUCGCCAUGACCGGCACACCCAUGCCAGACGUCUUCUUUGUCAUCGCCGGCUCGCUUCUCACAUCCUGCGGCUGGAUCGACGCGCUACUCUACGCUCUGACUCGGCGCAUCCUCGUCUCGCAGGAAAGCUCAACAGGCCCAUCGGGACAAUACAACCGCACCGCCAUCACAACAACCAACACAGCGAACGCCGCUCACCACGGCGACAUCGAAAACUAUGGCCUGAUGUCCAUGCACAAGGAGACCAUGCCCGCGCGCUCCGUCACCAUCGUCGGCGGCAGCAACAGGCUCUCGCGCAUAGUCGACAGCCGGCUCGGACGCGCCCAGACACAGACGCGGCAAAUAGACUCCCUGCGUGAAAACAGUCCGACAGGAAGUCAAGAUGUGAUGCUCGAGACGGGCCCGCUCCCAGACAGGAUAAAAGUUCAGGUCGAGACGAACAUCCACGUCUCAACGGCGAGCGUGGACGGCGACACGCUUACACCGACAAGAGAGAAUAGCUGCAGCCCUACAAGGCCAUAUGCAGGGUGAAGUGGUAGGGCAGUGUUGGCAGGUCCUGCAGGCGUGGGAACAAAGGAUUGUGUUGCGGAUAAGCGUGGCGCAAGGCAUUGUCUCGUCCAGACUUAACCAACACAGACAACCCCUGCUGACCAGCUUUCGGAAUAGCGGAGAUCGACACAAAGCGACCCUGCGAUGUCGAGCUGGCGGUGUAUGUUCUUAUUGUACAACAAGCGCGGCGUUGAGUGGUACUUGGGCGUUUUUGCCUUCGUUAUGAACAUGUUCCUUAUGUUGCAUGUGCUUACGGCUGUUGUGGGAGUGCUAUACUCUUAUUAGAAAUCGAG